GCGACUCCAUUCAACAUGGUCAAAGAAUCCGAAGUGUCCGCCGCGACGGAAUUUACCAUCAUGUUCCACAACACUUCACGCACGGUCAACCUGAUCGGAUUCAACGUGCUCAAUGCCGAGUGGCGUCCCAACUGGCGUACGGCUUUGACGUUCUUCGUCAUCGCCGGAUCGCUUUUCAUCCUUGGGUGCACUUUGAGGGGCCGAACUUCGAACAUCAUCGAGUUCUUUCAGGUGCUCCCGUUCGGAAUGUUGCAAGUCCAAGGCAUGCACAAGAUCAUUGUCCGCAUCGCCAGACCACAGGACUAUUACAAUCUGUACGUGAAAUCGAAGGAAAUUUUCGAACUUUUGAAUGAAAAUAAGAACAACAACCUGGUGCUGUACAAAUCGCUGAAAAUUGCCACAAAUCUACAGAAGCUGAUGUAUGCGAUGUAUUUAACGACGGUGAUCUUUCUGGAUGUUAUGCCGAUCUGCGUCUGGAUGAUUCUGGGAGAACGAAUUCUGGCCGUUCCACUGUUCAUGCCCCUGGUCGACGAAACCACCGUCGAAGGAUUCGUGGCGAAUUACGUGUCCCACCUGAUGAUGCUCCUGAUUGCGGCCUGCGGAUUCGUAUCGAUCGAUUGCAUGUUCUUGGCAUUUGUCAUUCCGAUCGCCGCGUACGCCAAUGCAAUUGAGGGCGAAGUUCAACAGCUGAAUGACCUCCUGGAACAGCCGAAACGGGACGAGAAAAAGAUUGAGGAGAAAUGCAAUUUACUAUACAAAGUGCACCAAACGCUGCUGGAGUACGAAAGUUUGCUCGAAGAUCACAACAACAUUGUAAUGCUGCUCAAGGUGGCGUCGAUCAUUUUGGGUAUGAUCACCAACAUUAUUGUGAUCUUUAAGAGCAGCUUCCCGCAGGCCUACUUCUUGAUCACCAUAUUUUUCGUCCAGCUGACCCAGUACUGCUUGAUGGGAACAGUUGUGACGGUUAAGAACGAGCAAAUGCUGAAGCACUUGUACAACAUCAACUGGCAUCUGCUGCCGCCGAAACAUGCCAAGCACCUCGUGCUGAUUUUGCACCAAGCGCAGAAUGCGUCCAGCGUUACCAUCGGACGGUUUGCCGAACUCAACGUGGAGAGUUAUGUAUCCGUUUUGAAGACCAUCUACACUUACGUCAUGAUGUUGGCCACUUUUAUGGAAUAGGCUCGAUGCAUCGGAUGAAAAAGUUUGCAGUUAUUAAAAAAACAAAUUUUAAUUGAUUUUUCAAGUUUUAUAUUGCACGGUGUAGCGACCCUAAGUCGCUUACCUACUAUACAUAGACUACAGUUAUUGUUUGUCAUGAACAAUGUCAAGUUCACGACAACGGUAAAUGGUCUAGCACAAGCAGUGUGUUAUACAAAACAUUCAGGUAGCGGUAACGCUUGACACCUGAUGUUUUGUAUAACAUUUUUCGACCACGACCUAGGGCACUGGUAGAUCACUGUUCAGUGAUCUUAGUAUUUAACGGCCUGAGCUUGUUCAGUCGCGUUCGUCUUGUGUUGUUCAUUCAAGAGGCUGUUAGUCGGCUUCUUCUUGUAUUGUGCAGUCAAUAAUCAGUGCUUCUUGGGUCUUUUAUUUGUAUUGUGCAGUCAUUAGUCAGUGUUCCUUAUGCUUGUGCACUGUUGUCAGUUGUGCAGCCAAUAGUCUUGUGCUUGGGUUUGUGCUUGUGCUUGUGUCAGUCAGUACUCGUGUCAAUGUAAUAAAUAAAAGCAGUUAAAAUCAAUGUGCAAGUGUUAUCUUUCCAGUGCAUAAUAUCACAGUUAUCCCGCUCGGACACUCGGUCCGAUACA